AGACACGGGGAUGUAAGGUGGCGCGCGCAGUGGUACUCGAGUUAUCUACCACCUCCUUCACUGAAAAACGUGCGCAUUUUCGUCCAAAUUUACACAACAGAUAAUUAAAAUGCAGCCAGAAAAGUUGUCACUGGUUAGCAGAACCUCUUUCUCUGUAGCAGACAUCAUGGAUCCGUCUAAAUUCACUGGGAGUCCAAGCAGUACCCAUCCGAGCCAUGGUUCAACUGCUGAGAGUGAUGCUGCAAGACAGACCACAGGUGGGGCAGCCAUUCCAGAAAGCCAUUCCAAGAGAUUAGAAUUCCCAAGUGGUCCAGCAGCCAGUAAAUGCUCCACCACAGUGGACUCAGUGGAAAGGGAGUCUCACCCUGCAUCUGUGUGCCGUAGCCUGGAGAGGUCAAAGGGCAAGUCACGGCGGGUUCGGACAGCGUUCACCUUGGAUCAACUACACAUUCUAGAACAUAGUUUCCACAGCAGCCACUACCUGUCUGUGUUUGAGCGCUACGCCAUCGCCUUGAUGCUCUGUCUCACAGAGACCCAGGUUAAGAUCUGGUUCCAGAACCGACGCACCAAGUGGAAGAAAGAGUGUGAGGGGAAAGGGCUGCCUGAGCAGCAGCUCCAGUGUGGGGUCAGGUACCCCUCACCUGCUCCUAUCUAUCCUACAACCUUUCCACUGUACAACAAAAUGCAUUUUCACCAGGGACCACAGAUUCAAAUGUUCACGCCACCAACCUUCCUCACUCCACAAUACAACCAUCAUCAAUUUUAGAUGAGAAAAUUUUUAGCUUACCAUUUGCACAAAUUAUGGUUGUGGUUUCAAUCAGAUUGAGCUCACAGUUUAGACACUAUAACCUGCUAUGUCAUAAAGGUAUUUGUGCAAUGUAAUAGGCCACUGUAAAUUAAUAUCAGUAUUUAUGAGUUACUAUUUAUGUGUUGUUUAAAAGCCAGUGGAAAACUAUGUCAAUCUAUUCCAUAUGCCGAAGGAUUAUUGCUGUGAAAUGUUAAAUGAUAGGGUUAUUUUCUUAUUGUUAAAAGGUGUUGACUUAUUUGGAUGUAAUGUCCAUACACAAAGAUUAAAUAUUUUUGUACUGUACCA